UGUCCGAUGGCUACUACUUGCCACUUGCGACUAGCACUAGUCCAUCCAAUGGUGCGUCGGUAAGUAGCAGCAGUGUCACGAAUGGUGGUGCGGUUGGGGCGCUAAAUAGCGGCAAUCCGGCAGCAUACUCAACGACACCCUACUUCACAACACCUUCCCCGCCACGCGCCAACCCCGGUCUCACGCCACAUCAUUCCCUGCACGCACACCAACAACACUUACACCACCAUCAGCAUUCCACGCUGGCCAAUAGCCAGGCGACCGCUGGCGGCGGUGUGCUGCAUCAACCGAGCGUGAUCCAGCCAACAACGUCCAAUGUCAACUAUGAUCUCUCCUACAUGCUGGAGCUUGGCGGUUUUCCACAGCGAAAAGUGAAAAAACCGCGAAAGCCCAAAAUCGAAAUGGGUGUUAAGAGACGCAGUCGCGAAGGCUCCACAACAUACCUGUGGGAAUUCCUACUGAAAUUACUGCAGGAUCGCGAAUACUGUCCGCGUUUCAUCAAGUGGACGAAUCGUGAGAAGGGUGUAUUUAAGCUGGUAGACUCCAAGGCGGUGUCGCGACUAUGGGGUAUGCACAAGAACAAACCGGAUAUGAAUUACGAGACAAUGGGACGUGCAUUGCGAUAUUACUACCAGAGAGGCAUACUGGCCAAAGUGGAUGGCCAACGGCUGGUCUACCAAUUUGUGGACGUGCCAAAGGACAUUGUGGAAAUCGAUUGCAAUGGAGUGUAAAUGUGCGCGUAUAUGUGAGACGUCAGGCUGGCUGGCACAACCAAUAAUUAAUUCAACACCGUUCUAUGGCCUGUACAUUCCACUGAGCACCAAUGCAUCACCUACAACUACAAGUAAAUUAAGCGGAUUUCUUGGAAUGUACAAAGCAACGCAAAUGCUCGAAAUCUCAGUAAAAAUUUCGGGGUAUAUAAAUAUGUAUACAUAUGUAUGUACAUUUACACAUGUAUGUUUGUGAGUAUGAAUAUACGCGAUGAGGAGCAGUUUUAUACGAAGAAGAAUGUAUACUGUAAAGAAUUUGUAUUUAUUAGCUCUUUUUAAUGUUAAUACUAGUUGAGGAGAAACAAUUGUGUGUAAGUAAGGCUCGCUAAUAUGAAAUUGUAUAUUUUAGAUACACAAUAAUAUAGUACUACAUAUAUAGUAUAUUAAAUAAAUAAAU